AAUUAUACUUACCAGUUACUUCAAGGACAGUUUUGGUUAAAAAGAAAAUAUUACUCACACUUGUUCUCCGGCGAAUACGAUGAAUAAUUCCGCGGCGGUUUCGCAGCCACCGUUAGCCACCCAAACAGCACAGAGACAAUCGGAAUUACAACAAUCACAUUCCCAGGAAUUGUUCCUCGCCAAUCUCCGCAUAUUCUCUAACUCCCUCUCCGCUUUCCAACAAUGCUUUAGUGAUCUACAACUACACAUUAAUUCCAUCCGUACCUCAAUCGACUCUUUACUGCUCCCCGCUCAAACAAAUAACACCACUCCUUUACCCGCCCCAGCCCCGGAACCCGAACCCGAAUCAUCUUGGGAAUCCGACCCGUCUGAAGACAUCGAAGAAGAAGAAGAAGAAGCCGCGGGAGAGGAAAAGGAUGUGCAGAAAGAAGAAUACAACGAGAAAGUGGAAGAAGAAGUGAAUUCUCCUCAUUCAGAGUUGAAAUCGCCUGGUUCGGAGUUGAAAUCGUCUCGUUCGGAGUUGAUUACGCCUGGUUCGGAGUUGAAAUCUUCUGGUUCGGAGUUGAUUACGCCUGGUUCGGAGUUGAAAUCGUCUCUUUCGGAGUUGAUUACGUCUGGUUCGGAGUUGAAAUCGUCUCGUUCCGAGUUGAAAUCUUCUCGUUCGGAGUUGAUUAGGCCUAGUUCGGAUUUGAAAUCGUCUCGUUCGGAGUUUAUUACGCUUGGUUCGGAGUUGAAAUCGUCUCGUUCGGAGUUGAUUACGCCUGGUUCGGAGUUGAAAUCGUCUCUUUCGGAGUUGAUUACGCGUGGUUCGGAGUUGAAAUCGUCUCGUUCCGAGUUGAAAUCUUCUCGUUGGGAGUUGAUUAGGCCUAGUUCGGAUUUGAAAUCGUCUCGUUCGGAGUUGAAAUCGUCUCGUUCGGAGUUGAUUACGCCUGGUUCGGAGUUGAAAUCGUCUCGUUCCGAGUUGAAAUCUUCUCGUUCGGAGUUGAUUAGGCCUGGUUCGGAUUUGAAAUCGUCUCGUUCGGAGUUUAUUACGCUUGGUUCGGAGUUGAAAUCAUGUUGUUCGGAGUUGGAAAUCUUAUGCUUAACGAUGGACAGUCAUGGUCUGCGUAAGUACAUGAUAACACAUAUCUCAGAUAUUCAUGUAUUACGUGUACAAGUCCCUAAGGCACUGAAACUUUCACCCGGACCAGCAAGUCUUGUAUUUAAAUGUAUGGGCAAGUUUUAUAGCAAAGGGAGCAAGUCUUAUGUUAAUAACUCACCUUUGAUCCAGGAAAGAAAGGCUAAAGUAUUGCUUUUGGAGUGCUUUUUAUUGAUCGACGAUAAUAAGGGAGUUGAGAUUGAGAAAUGGGUGAAGGAAGAGGCAGAGCAAGCAGCAUUAGCAUGGUUAAAGAGGAUAAAUAUUGAAAAAGGUAUAGUACAGGCUCAAGAAAUUGAUGCUCGGGGUUUGUUGUUGUUUAUUGGGUGUUUCGGGAUUCCAGAUAAAUUUAAAAAUAAGAAUAUCAGAAAUUUGCUUCAGGUGAGUAACCUUAAUUGGAUUUCUGAUGCGCUUAGGAGAUCAAAUGUUCUCAUGGCGAAGAUUCCUGAAAUAAUAGAUGAAAUGUUGGCGUAUAAUAUGGUAGUUAAAGCUGUUCAUAUUGCCUAUAGUGUUGGAAUGCAGGACAAAUUUAACCCUAAGAAACUUUUGAUGGAGUUUUUAAGAGAGUCUAAAAGUUCAUUUGACAAAAUGAAUGGAUCACAAGUUGCACAUCAAGGAAAUAUUGGAGUAAAAAGGAAGUACAUGAAUGAUCUGAAAUCGGUCAUUAAAUGUUUGGGAUGUCACAACAUUGAUCCUGCGAAACUUCUUGGGGGGUGGCAAAUUAAUAAGAGAAUAAUGAGCUUAGAGAACGAAAUUGCUGAAUUCAAUAAGCAGAUAGUUGAUCAGAAGAUGGCACAAAAAAAGGCUGGAUUGCAUAAGAGAAAAAUCGAUGAAACUGAGUGGUUGAGCAACAAAGAAGUGAAACGCUCACAUUUUUCAAAUCCAUGGCCACCACAACAGCAAAGAGGAGUUGUUAAUCAUGCCGUUAGCAACAACACCUUGUUAGAAGGUGGUGGAACUUCUGGUCACAAUUAUGGUUAUUCUAUGUCCCCGCCGGUAUUGCAUGGACCUGUUGCGGGCUCAAUACAUGAAAAUGUUGUUGGUUCAUUGGCGGGACCCGUUGGAGGUGUGGCCAUUGGUGGACCUAGAGCAGGUAUAUCGCCAAGUCCGCAAGGAGGUUCAUAUGCUGGAGGUCAUGGAGGGAGUCGAGUUGAUAGUACACCCAGGCAAGUAGGAAGUCAUGCUGGUCAAUUAUAUGGAUCGUGUGGUAAUGCUUAUAGGCCUGUGACAUACAUGGAAAGCUCUAAGGGGUUGCCAAACACCGUACCUCGUGAUGCUAAUAGGCGAUCACCACACUUGGGAGGCUCUAUGGAGUUGCCGAACACCAUACAUGGUGAUGCUUAUAGGCCACCACCACAAUUGGAAGUCUCUUCGGGGUUGUCAAACACCAUAACUGGUAAUGCUUAUAGGCCUGUGCCAUACAUGGAAAGCUCUAAAGGGUUGCCAAACCCCAUACCUGGUGAUGCUUAUAGGCCCCCACCACAUUUGGAAGGCUCAACGGGGUUGCCAAACAUUAUACCUCCACCAUAUCAGUUUGCUGGUACUGUUCCAGCAACUGAACUAAACCAAAGCAGUGGCUCACAGGCAGUUGAUGCUCAUCCUACGUCCUCCCUGCACCGGCAGAUAUAGUUUUGCGUUGGACAGACAUUACUUUUUCCUUUAGUUUCUAUUUCUGCAGUAUAUAAAGCCAGUCUAGAAGUGAUUUCCGCUUCAAAGAAAUGUUUGUGUUUCAUUAGCUACUAAAAUCUAGGUUUGGCCCACUUUGUCUGAACAUGUCUAGGAUUUUGUAUUUAGUUUGGCCGAUUUGUUGCUA